AUGACUCCACCGACAUCUCUGGCUAGCACUUUCUCUAUGAUUCUUCAAGAAGAAAGGCACCAGAAUGUAACUCGAGCAUUUGAUGUGCGUACAGAUGUGGUUGGAUUCUCGAUUCAGGCUCAACUCUCCUAUGGUCAUAAUCGUGUUCCAAUUGUAUGUUCUUAUUGUGGAAAGAAUGGUCCUCCCGUGAAAGAUUGUUUCCAACUACAUGGAUUUCCUGAAUCGCGUGGUGAUCAUGGUGUGAAUCGCGGCAGAGGUGGUGCGAGUUGGUCUUGUGGUCGUUCCGGUGGUUGUGGUAACUCGUAUGGUGCAACAGAACGGAUGAAACUCAACAGGAGGACGUGGUCGUGGGUUUGCUCAUUCUGA